CCAAAUGUAGGACCAGAUAAGCAGAGCAAAAAUCUAGAGAUGAUCGAAGAGAUGAUAGAAGAGAUAAUUAUAGAAGAGAUGAUUACAGAAAAAAUGACUAUAGAAGAGAUGAACGUAGAAGAUCUUGUUUUCAUAGCCGUGAUCGCUCUUAUAGAAGUUCUUCACGAAACAGAAGAAAUUCUAGAGAAAAUUCUUGAGAAAGAAGCAAAUAUUCAGACUCUUAUAAUAACAAUAGUAGAAGAACUAGUUUUCGCUCUUCCUCACCUUAUCAUAGAGAUAUUAACUACUUUGGUCAUGACAGUACUCUAUCUUCAGCCUUCCCAGUUUUUUCUAAUAACAACUAUAUCAGCCUAUCUUUAUGAAGAAGCUAAAAAGACUGACCUUCUCCCUACCUCUCACACUACCCCUGUUAAAUGUAACAUUCGUCUUAGAAACAGACCUUACCAAGCAAUUAUUGAUAGCG